AUGGGGAAUACCCCAAAAUAUCAGUAUCGACCACUUGCAAACGACAAUAAUCUACGUUUCAUACAGCUAUGGCCCGCGGCGCAAUUUGAUGAUCCGAUACGAGUCACGAUCAUUGAAGGCGUGUACGAUCUUUCCGACUCAAGUUUCGGUAUCAAUUACGAAGCCGUAUCAUAUGCCUGGGGCUCGAAUACGGAUUUCAAGUGUAGUCUAGACGAAACAAAUACCGACUUACAGGUCUGCCAAAACGUUGUUGAGAUGCUGAGGUACCUCAGAUUGGACAACAAUCAUCGAACUUUGUGGAUCGACGCUAUUUGUAUCAAUCAAGCAGAUAAGAAUGAGAAGGGCAAGCAGGUCGCCAUGAUGGGGGAAAUAUACGCACUCGCCAACCGUGUGCUGAUUUGGAGUGGAACCACUGAGGAUCGCUACGUACAGCUACUGAAAGAUACGAGAAGUGGAGAAAUUGUUCAUCUCAACCACCUCGAAGAGUUCCUUCAGAGCAGAUGGUUCUCGAGGCGUUGGGUUGUACAGGAAGUCAUGCAUGCCCGCCAUGCUUUCAUCAUCUGCGGUAAAUUCACCGUGGACUUUCGGCAAUUUGCUCGUCGCGUGAGGGGAGGGAUGCAAAAGUGGAUUGCCAAAGAAGACAUUUCACCACCAUUCACUAAAACUCUGGAGAAUUUGUAUCACCUUGGAAGGCUACCAGGCUUUGAGGAAGUCAGGCCCAACCUGUACUCCUUUUCUAUUACACAGGGACGCGGGGGGUUUUCUAAGAGCGGGAGCAUGAUAGAUCUUCUGAUUCGAUAUUCUGCUACAGAAUGUGGAAAUGAUAAAGACAGGAUUUACGCGCUACGAAGCCUCAGUCGCACCCCCAUUCCGGUUGACUACCACAUCUUGGUCGAAGCUUUGUAUCGUCGUCUUAGUCAGAUCGAGGUGGGUAUCUCUCCGAUGGCCUUGCUGAGUUGCGCUGGUGCUUUCGGUGGAUGUGCGGCUUCUUGGAUCCCAGACUGGAGAUGUCCUGCACGAUACUGGCCUUUACAAGCAUCACUCGCGCACCAAGAUACAGCCUUACAACUACAUAGUCCAGUCCAAAUCAUGGGCGAUUUGCUUACACUGCAGGCGAAACUCAUCGGCGUGGUCGGCGCCGUGGACCCAAAUGGGCUCAAAACCAUGAACUGUAGCGAAACUCUGCAUAGCUGCGGCCAGUUCUUCGCCAACCGCUUUGGGGUAGGCACCACAGAUAUGUCGCCAGCUCGAUUCCAAGAUCUUGUGCAAACUCUGUGUGCGGGCUAUUCCAUUCCUGAUACCCCUAUUCUGCACCGUCUCCCUUAUACUUGGCUUUUUGCUCGGAAAAUCAUGAAAGGUGGGCGUGGAACAGACGACGUUCUCGGCGAAUUCGAGGCACACGCUAAGACGCGACCGUAUCGGUACAUCAAGAAUUGGGCACCUGAAACUCGGCGGUUCUAUGACGAGACUACCCCAACACGACUUAUCGAAGCCGGGCUUUUAUUGCUCAGACCGAGAUUGAAUCGCGUAAUGAGAGGUCGUUCGUGUUUCUUCACCGAGGAGGGACAGUUUAGCUUAGGGCCAGAUUCUAUUCAGACUGGCGAUCUUCUUGUUCGCUUACCAGGCUGUGAAACCGUGAUGGCACUACGGCCAAGCAACACAGGCCAUAAUGCUGAGUCGACGCCUGAUACCGCUGGGCUCUUUGGUCACCAGACUAUGACGAUUGUCGGUGACUGUUACAUACAUGGACUUGUCGAGCCUGGCUUGCAAGCUAUUGGAGGAGAUCUUAGUACAUUCCACAUUGUUUAA